AUGUCGCGCCUCACGCUGAUCGUCGCCGCCACCGCCUCGAACGGGAUCGGGAAGGACGCAGGCCUGCCGUGGCGCCUCCCGAAAGAGAUGGCGUACUUCGCACGCGCGACGGCGGGCGCGCCCGCGGGGCUCGCGAACGUCGUUAUCAUGGGCCGUAACACGUGGGAGAGCAUCCCGCCGCGGUUCCGCCCCCUGCGCGGCCGCGCGAACGCCGUCGUGUCGCGCAACGCGGGCUACGAUCUGUCCGCGGGUGCGUCUGUUGUCGAUGCUGACACCUCGGCGUCUCUGCACGCCGACCUGCGAUCCGCGCUGGACAGCCUGGAGGGCGACGGCGGCGCGUCGCGCGCGCGGAUCCACCGGCGGUUCGUCAUCGGCGGAGCGAGCCUCUAUGCGGAGGCGCUCGCGCUGCCGCCGCUGGCCGCGCGCGCGUUUGUCGAUCGCGUGCUGCUCACGCGCAUCCUCUCGCCUGCCUUUGACUGCGACGUGUUUAUGCCCGAUUUCCUUGAGAGCGGGAGCGGCGGCGCCGGUGGGCGGUGGGAACGAGCGUCCGACGAGGAGCUGAGUGCGUGGGUGGGGUUCGAUGUGCCCAUGGGCGUCCAGGAAGAGAGGGGGGUGCGGUAUGAGUUUCAAAUGUGGACUCGUCAAGCACAGAUAUGA